UGUCUCGCGAAAUGUUUUCGCUUUGAAAUUUUGACUAGUCAAAAUUUAAAAAAAUAACUUUCUUUGUCAGCAAUAAAAAGAACUACCUACGAAAAGCAGAAGCAGAAAUAUAACAUGGCGUCGAGUUCGUCUUCAUUGCAAGAUAAAAUUGAUGAUUUAGAGGCUCGUUUCAAGAAGGCUGAAUCAGAAGAGAACGUUGGCAACAAAUCGACCGAGCAAGACGCCGCUUCUAAUAAGCGCACCGACCGACUCCCCAAGAGUGUAAAUUUCAGUCUAGCUAGUCCCUCUCCUAGGAAAUGCAGCCGCCUAACUGACAGUGCUCAACUUUCACAGUCUGCACCAAAUCGUCCAAAGGCAGCUUUAUCUUCACCUAUAAAACCUCCUGCUCCUCAUUCUGCAGAAAACACACCUUUUAAUUUGCAGUGUCCCAAAUUACGACGACCCCUCCCACCUAGUGGUGCACAACGUUUAGUUACACCAGGAAAUGUGACCACUCUUCCUUCAGAGCAACAGGCAGCUGAAACAACCUCUCCAACAGCUGUUUUUCAAUUAGAAACUCCUAGCCCGGGGUCCACCAAUGAAUUUGCUGUUAAAAGUUCUGCCCGGGUGUCAAAUUCAGCUAGUAAUAGCCCUUCAACGGCUGCAAAUACAGAUGUCAUAAUUUCAAGACCCCGAUCAGCCGGAAACUUGGGCAACUUACCACUGGGUGGACAACCAAGGAAGAAGCCUAAUUUCCAUAUCCCUUUUGCUCCAGUUGCCAAAUCUCAAAAAAGCGUUGAAAUAGAGAACAAGUUAAAGGAAAUUAUGAAGCUGGCAGGAUUGUUGACUAUUGAUGGGAAGGAUGUGGAAACUGGCAUAGCUGACAUGGAAGCCCUCGGAGAAUUGGGUCAUGGAACUUGCGGUCACGUGAUUAAAAUGGUGCACAAACCAACUGGUGCUGUCAUGGCUGUCAAACAAAUGCGAAGGUCAUGUAACGAUGAUGAGAACAAGAGAAUCAUCAUGGAUCUCGAUGUUGUUAUGAACUGUCACAGCUGUCCUUACAUUGUUUUGUGCCUAGGCACCUUCAUUACUAGCUCUGAUGUGUGGAUAUGCAUGGAAAUAAUGGCGACCUGCUUGGACAAGUUGAUGAAAAAGUUAGGAGCCAUUCCAGAGAAGAUUCUUGGAAAAGUUACUGUGGCGACAUUAAAUGCCUUGAAUUAUUUGAAAGAAUCACAUGGAGUCAUUCACAGAGAUGUUAAGCCAUCGAACAUCCUGCUAGACGAGAGAGGUACUUUCAAGUUGUGCGACUUUGGCAUCAGUGGCAGACUGGUUGACUCCAAAGCCAAGACGCGUAGUGCUGGGUGCGCUGCCUACAUGGCUCCCGAGCGCAUCGACCCGCCAGACCCCUCUCAACCCGACUACGACAUCAGAGCUGAUGUCUGGAGCCUCGGACUCACACUCGUGGAACUGGCAACUGGUGAGUUUCCUUACAAGAACUGUACGACGGACUUUGAGGUCUUGACAAAAGUUUUGCAGGAUGAACAACCUCGUCUGCCACCAGGCCGUGGAUUUUCUAUGGAUUUCGAGAACUUGGUCAACUCAUGUUUAACGAAAGACUAUCGAUACAGGCCGAAAUAUCCAAAACUGCUUAUGCACAAUUUCGUGAAGCGCUACUCGACUCUUCAUGUUGAUGUAGCAGGCUGGUAUGAGGAAGUUACCAGAAGGCUCAGUCCUCCUGGACAGCCAAGGCAACAUGCUGAUGACAGUUGUAAUAUUCUUCAUGGCGGCACAAUUUCCAGCAGUUCUAUGGGCAGUUGUAGUGAAGCAACUGUUUCCAGUAACACAACUGCAGUAUUUUCAACUGGUGCUCUCGCUACCAAUGUUUUGAAUCUCACCCAACCCUCCCCUGUUCCUCCACGCAAAUCAUUGACCACUCUUCAUUCGCCCUGGAAAGGUUCUUCAGCGGCAUCUUCAUCUGAGCAACAGCAGCAACAACAAAAGCAGCCAAAUGUUUCCAAUGUUGCUCCACUGCAUGUCCGACAACUGCAGCAACGUAACUCUCUGGUUCUUCCUCCCCACUCACUUUCUCACCUCACGUCAUCAUCAUCCUCCCAGUCCACAUCCUCCUCACCGGUCCCAUUCUCAUAUCCCGACGUCAGGCGAUUUGAUCCGCUCUGCACGGACGCCUUCACUCCAGUUUCAUCGUCACCACUAGCAUCAACAAUGGAGUGGACGAUGUUCGGCACAGACGUGGUGGUUUCGUCGUCACCAACUGGUGAUAGCAGCACUCACAGUCGUUCGUCGAUUUCAAAAACCGGCUCGCCCUUCAGACCAUCCGGCACAUUUUCUUCCUCCCUCUACAUGGUUCCUCAGCAACACUUUCCCGGCCACCCUCCCUCUUCUCAGACAUCAUCAUCAUCAUCACCGGCAUCGUCCUCGACACACGGUCAACAUGCCAGCUCAGUCAGCAUAGGACAUCCGGGGACGUCGUCACCAUCAUAUAUUCAACGUCGACAACAAAUAGUGACGCCUUCUUCGUCGUCGUCAUCUUUGCAAUCCGACCAAUCACCGAACACUUGCGCUACCCCUUUUUCAGCUCCUCCAAUGCGAUCGUCUGUCUGGUCACCUGACAAUAGUAAUGUUCUCCAACCAACGUUCUUCUCAUCGCCAUCAUCCUCUUUGCCAUACCACCAUCAGCGUCCUCAACAGGCGAGUGAAACAACCAGAAGCGUCAUGACGGCAUCAGUUAGCAUCACGUUGUCCCAUCCGUCUGCUCGGUCAUCAUCAGUCGCAUCUGCAUCUGCACCAUCGCCACCAUCGACGAUGGCGUUCACUCAGAUGAGUCAUGCUAGUCAUUAUUCACCGUCAUCAUCUGCAACGUUUGUUUGUCCGCCAACGUCCCCACCGUCAUCGGCCGGUCAGUUUUUGCACGUGGCAUCUUCAGCGCCGUCCUCCGCCGCGUCGACUACUACAACGUCACCGUCGUCUACGUCUGCCGUCGAUAAAAGACAUUUUUCGCAUUUCACAAAGUUUUAAGAUGUUCAGAUGUUCGGCAUCCUCAUUAGAUCUCUCUUCAACUAACUAUUUGUUUAUGAAUUAAUUCAAUUUAUUGUUUUUUUUAGAUAUUAUUUUGUGCGUGCAUUCGUGUCGGCCAUUUGAAUAUCAUUGAUAUCCUAAAACCUAUCACAUCAUAAGAAAGAGACCACAAGACCAUCUUAGCUGACAUGCAUCACGAUAUGAAUUUCAAUCACUUUCAUCAAUAUCAUAUUUUUAAUAAUUUUCACUUAUAUUCGUUUUAUCAUGUAAUGAUAGUUUAAUUUUUAUACCGUUCUGUUAUUAAACACGACGAGAUGUUGGUUUAAUUUAAAUAUGUUCAGUUCAUAUAUUUCAGCAAUCCAUUCAUUCCAUUCAAUAACGUUCAUUUAAUUUGCAAUAUCGAGAUAUUUUUAUUAAGUUUACAUGCAAUUAAAUGUUAUUUUUAUUUAUAAGGAAUAAUGUACUUUCAUUUUCGCAAACAUUUUUUGACGUGUUCCUGAGCACAAAAUAUCACCCGCUUGCAACUUACAAACGUUUUACUGCUGCUGAACAAUCCUUGGUCUGUGUGUAUAUAUGCCACACACACACACACGCACACUAUAUAAAUAUAUAUAUAACAUGUAUAUGCAUAUGUAUAUAUAUGUAUUAUGUAUAUGUGUGUGUGGUUUGUAUUUAAAUGAAUGUUGGGCAUAAUGUUACGAAAUGUAUUAUGAACAACGCAGUUUGCCACUUUGCUAUGAUGUCAAAUGAAUGACGCGCUGCAUGUUUCGUGAUAAUGUUUCUAGACUUUCGUAUUUAUGGCAAUCUCACUGACACACCACACAACCUAAUGGGCAUUUGUGCACUAAUUUUUAAGCAAACCGUAAUUUAAUGGUUGGCAUGUUGGCAUAAUAAUUUAACAUUUCAUGGUUCCCCCAAAGCAGCUUGAUGUACCAAGCGAGACCUGUUUGUUCUUUAAAGCGCGAGUGCAUGAACUAAUACAAUGCAAAGAUGCUUUGAUGCCUUCUUAUAUGACUCAAGCUGUUCUGGUUCCAACAUUUGAUAUGUGUGUUCUUGUCAAUAUGACCUCUUCACUGGUUCCAUAGUUUCCACGUGCAAUCAUUUUCAGGUGUUCAUCCUGCCUGUUAACUGCAUCAGUCUUUUAAUCCAUCAACAACUUUCAAUUGUUUAUCAGCAUGAACUUAUUGCCAUAUUUAUUUAACGUGGCUAAUUAGUAAUUUUUAAUCCUAUAUUAGUUGCAGGGAUUCUGCACUUUUAAACGAAGAUAUGAACACGUUAUUUUUAUUAAGUGUUGAUUGACUUACCGUCACCGUGUUUUUUAAAUGUUUAGAGUGAUUUUAAUUUUUCAUCAGUGACGGAUGGCAAGGAGCAGCUGCGCAAAAGGCUCCAUGCAUAAACUUGCCACUUUAAAUAACUCAGGCAAGAUUAUUACGUGCUAAAUACGAGUGGAGCGUGCUUGUGUGUGCGCUGUUGUGCCAUGCGUGCAUAUUAUUUACAUUUCUUUCUUGCAUAUAUGCAUUUUUUUCAUUAUUUAUGAACAUUUUUUUCGUGUUAUUUUGCAUGAGAUACGCGAGGUCGUUUUCAUCGUUUCAUUUGAAUGUUCAUCAAAAGUUUGUUUUGUGUUUUUGGUCGAUUUUUCUUCAGUUUCAUAAUUUUUUGACUUACAAUGAUGCUACGUUGUCCUACAAAUUUUACAGUCUUCAAUUAAUAUUUUAAAAAUAAAUUUGUAUGUUUAAUUUCGUUUGAACUAUUACGAAUUGAUGUUGUUUAUUAAUUGGUUCAAUGGACCACGCCGAGUUCAUAAUUUAUUAACUUCUUAUUGUGUGUAAACAGAGCACGCAACCCAUGUUGUUUCAAAGCAAAAAUCAAAGUUCCAUGAGAUUAAAUUCUUUAGAACUCAGGGUCUUCUGGUUUCCAUUACGUAUCAUUUUGUGAUCUUCACUCGUAAUUGUGGCGAGUAAUUGAAGAAGAUACUACGUUGAGGGGACUGCUUUUGUUUCCUAGAUUUUAGAUUUAUAUGGUUAAGUUUUUUUAUUACAUUUUAUGUGGAUUUUAUUUUUCAAUCGUGGUUUCAUUGGCUUAAUAAACAUAUUAUAGACAAUUCUUUUUUAAUUCGUUUAAAAUUAUUUCAACUUAAGUACAGAAUAUUAACAUAGAAAUUGAAU